UUCCGUAAUGUUCGAAAGUAGUAGCUGUCGUAAUGUAAUGUAAUCCGUCUAUGAAUGUAAUGUAAUGUAAUGCUAAUGUUAUGUUCGCAAAAAAGAUGCAUGGGCACAAUACAAUACAUGGGUUUGGUUAGACAUAAAUGGUACCGUUUUAUCUUAUGUGCCACGGUCAUCGCAUCUUUGUUCGUUUGCUACCUCAAAUUACAGACACUGUCAAACUCGAAAGGACUAAACUUGGUAAUGUUGUAUAGUCGCAGGAUCAAUGAGUGAACACACACUGGAAUAUUUCCUCAACAAGGGGGUGAUAAAAAGAAAAGAUGCUGCUGAUAUUGAGUGGUAUCAUGCAGUAAACAGCAAGAGCAAACUCAUAGAGGCUCUUGGAGGUUCUGCACAGAUGAUUGAAGCAGAUGUUCUUCUCAGGGGUCAAGAUCCAAAAGAACCCAUUAUGGCUCACCCGCCUGACAAUGACAGUGAUAUAACUCUACAGGACUGGCUUAAAGAAGUUGUGAAAUCAGACAAAGGAAUAAAAUUGGACUUCAAAAGUCUCGCAGCUGUAUCCCAAUCCAUGAUUCUACUCGAGGAGGUCCGAGAUCAGCUGCAGGGACCCGUGUGGAUCAAUGCUGAUGUCCUUCCUGGCCCUGGUGGCAAAGCCACCCCUUUGGACCCUCAUGUUUUUCUACAGGAAGUGGCUCGAAGAUCAGAAAAUGAUGUUCUCUCUUUGGGUUGGACCACUGGAUGGGAUGCAGACGUAUACAAUCGUGGCUAUAGCUGGGAGAUGGUUCAUCAGAUGGAAGAAUUAUGCAGAUCCCUAAAGCAACCGGUCACAUUUCCAGUCCGUGCAGCUCUCCUUCCUCUGUCCUUCCAACAGUUCCAGUGGCUUUUAGAGCGUUCAGACCGGUACAGCCUGACUGUAUGGACAGGCAAGGAUGAUGUUCUUAAUGUGGAAGACCUGUUGCCCUACAGGCAAAACUUCAGCAAAACCAGGAUCUAUUAUGAUCUGUUAGAAUCACAGUUCAAACAGUUUAAAGGACUACCUGGCUACUCCUAAAAAAGCAAUUAAUAUUACUGACAUUAGCUAUGCUUCCAUUCACCUACUUUUAUACCUGUUUUGGUAUAUCACAUAAACAAAAUGUUGGAUGGAAAAACCAAGAUGAGCAGCAUAAAUUAAAAAAAUUGCAUAAAAAAACAUACACUCAAUUGAGGCGGAUACAUUUUUAAUCCGAUAAGAAGACAUGCUCAAACUAUGAUGGAUACCCACUUACAGACUAAAUUCCUUGAUAUUCAACAAAAAACUUACCAGGACUGACCAAUUUCAUCGCACAGCAUUGCAAAUGCUAGUUUGGUCAUUCUGAAAUGGGUAUGAUUUGGUUUAAUCGUUAAUCAUCGGUUAAUCUUCUGUCAUUGUUCACAGGUGUCCCUUGUCUUGUCAUUAGUCUGUGUAUUUGAGCCCUCUUGUUUGCCAUAAGAGCCGUCAAGUAUUGUUUUCUGUGACCAUUGUUUAUUUCAUGCCACGUCAUGCUUUUGUUUGUUUUAUUUUAAUAUAAAACUGCACUUGGGGUCUAUCUACAAAUUGCCUCCAGUGGAUCCAUUAUACACAAUGUACAAAGGGAAAGAAAAAUACUAUAUUUUUGUAAUCUACAUUUGUAUUUUGUAAUAUUUUACAAAUUAAAAGUAUGGGGAGAAAUGCUUAUCCUUUAUUAGUCUGCACUACCAUUCAAAAGUUUGUGGUCAGAAAGAUUUAUUUUAAAAGAAGUUUGUAAUGCUCACCAAGACUAACGUUAUUUGAAUUUGAUUGUAUCAAAGAUACAGUAAAACAGUUAUCUUGUAAAAUAUUAUUACAGUGUAAAAUUAAUGUUUUCUUCUUUAAUAUAAAAUGUAUUCAUG